UCAGCUCGUCCUGCUCGUCCAGCGACACCGGCACGUUGGGUGAGGGCACCCUUGGCAGCAGUGAAGCGCGGGCAGGGCGGGGGGGUCUGUCUGCGAUGCGGUCCUGGCGCGACAGAGGUCGGGCUGGACGUCGAUGUCGGCGACGGUGAAGCCGACGAUCUCCACAUAAGGAAGAGGCCCAGACAGCGAUAUCGACACCGGCACGUUGGGUGAUGGUGUGAUGGUUGGUGCGUCAUUCGUCGGCUCAAUGAACACAUCGAUGGAGCACUCCACAGGCGUGUUUGGCGACAGGGCCGUCGUCAGUCUGGCAAGGAUCCGCAAGCCGCUUGGGAGGCAGUCGGCUCCGACGACCAGCCCCCACGGCGCCCUCGACCUAAUGGGCCGCCGCCUUGGAGAGAUCUGAGAGGGACACAU